AUGCCUGAAUCGGAAUCAGGGGAUGAGUUUAACGACGAUGCCUUUAUCGUCGAUAUCGACAGCAUUCAGGCUCAUGGUAUUGGCGCUGCAGAUAUCACUAAGCUCAAGGCAAAUGGUUUCUAUACUGUUGCUUCGGUUCACGGUGCCACCCGGAAGACGCUUCUUAAGAUAAAGGGUUUCAGCGAGGUCAAGGUCGAGAAGAUCAAGGAGGCUAUACAAAAAUGCUUGCCAGCUGCAUCGGGUUUCAUAACUGCUAUGGAGUUAAGUCAUCAACGCAAGCGAGUGGUCAAGAUCUCAACGGGAAGCAAGCAGUUUGAUUCAAUUCUCGGAGGUGGUUUCCAGAGUAUGAGUAUCAGUGAAGUCUUUGGAGAAUUCCGUUGCGGUAAAACGCAACUGUCUCACACAAUGUCUGUCGUCGCCCAGCUUCCUAAGGAGAUGGGUGGUGCGGAUGGUAAGGUCGCCUAUAUCGACACUGAAGGCACCUUCAGACCAGAGCGCAUCGCUCAGAUCGCAGAGAGAUUUGGCGUCGAUCCCGAUUCUGCUCAGGAAAAUAUUGCUUACGCUCGAGCUCUGAACAGCGAGCAUCAGCUGGAACUACUCAAUACUCUGAGCAGAGAAUUCGCUGGAGGCGAGUACAGAUUGUUAAUAAUCGACAGUAUCAUGAACUGCUUCCGAGUGGAUUACUGCGGACGAGGAGAACUCGCGGACCGUCAGCAAAAGCUGAACCAGUUCUUGAUGAGACUUGCACAUAUGGCUGAAGAGUUCAACGUCUGUGUCUUGAUGACAAACCAAGUCCAAAGUGACCCCGGCGCCAGUGCUCUAUUUGCGGGAGCUGAUGGCCGUAAGCCUGUUGGUGGUCAUGUCCUUGCGCAUGCAUCCACAACACGAGUCCUCCUUCGCAAGGGUCGUGGUGAAGAACGUGUGGCAAAGAUACAGGACUCUCCAGACUGCCCUGAGCGAGAGGCGACCUAUGUGAUUACCAACGGUGGUAUUAAUGAUCCAGACAAGGUCUAA